GCACUACCUCCCUCCUUCAUCGCCAAGAAGAAGCGGAUAUUAGAGCAGCUUUCCAUUCCAGCCGCCGAAUACGAUGAUCUAUCACCGAAAGGGUCCGUGGAUGAAGGCAUUAGGGUUCUGAUCGAUGAGAUCAAUGCGAUUGAAGGAUGUGUGACUACGAGUAGUUGUGCUGGAAGGGUCAGUGUUUUCUUGGAAGGGAGACGCAAAGUUGAUGAUGGAUCGGAGGAGCGAGAAGGGGAAUUAGAGGGCAGGGAGAAGAGUGCUGGUGUUGGUGGGAAGGGCGGUGGUGGGAGGUGGCUUUUUGUUUCUCAUGAUCCUGUUCAAAAGGAUGGUGAAAAGAGUUGGAUUGAGUUCUUGGGGAUGCAGAGUACAGACGUCCAGGAUUUACAAGCUCAAAUGGGAGGUGUCCUUGAAAGGAGGUUGAUUCAUUUUAAAUUCGAGCCUAUGAUUCUUCACGUUUUGACUGCAUCCUUGAAACAGGCACAAAACGUCCUUUCAGCUGCCUUGCAAGCUGGAUUUCGAGAAUCUGGAGCUUUGAACCUCGUUGCAUCUACAGCAGAGCCUGCUACUCCUAUGGUGGGAAUUCGCACAAUGGGUCUAACUCUAGAAUCUGUGAUAGGAUUCGAGAGAGACGGUUCAGAGAUUUGUAUGAUCCCUGAGUGGCAACUGCAGAAUCUAAUAGAGGUGUCAAACCAACGAUUCGUCGAGAAUACGAAGAGGAUCGAGAGAUUCCGAAUGUUGUCGAAGGAGAUUGAUGGUAUUGCCGCCAAAAGGCAAGGAGAGAAUGGAGAUUGGGAAGAUCCACAGAUCAGAAAAGAGCGAAAGCGUGCUCAAGGCCUGGAGAGAGCACGAGCUAUGAGACAGAAACAAGCCUCUGAACUCCCAGAA